GAGAGCGUAGUACGUUUUAAUUAAGAGGAUGAACUACUGAUGAGCUCAUCCUCUUAACUGCCGCGCCGCGCGAGGACAGUCAGAGAGGCGCGCGCCGCGGUUGAGGCCGGAGCGUCAAAGCGAACAUCGACUAGACAGCGUAAGCGAUCAUCCCAGCGAGUUAUAUACACCUGGGGCGCUGAAUCAGGCUGUCACGUCGCACAGAUCCGUCGUUUGCAAAACAGACUCGGCGUUACGAAACAUUUGCCGUCUCCUGAGCUCGCGUACGCGACGUCGAAACUUCAUGGAAACAGUUCCGAACGUAAAAAAACUUCGUGAUUAUAUCGCGUGGACACAUUAGAGCAUAUUUAAAAUUCGCGCCGCGCAAAAAAAAACGAUCGCUUGCGUCGGCAGUCGAACUCCGCGGGUCGAGGCUGUAGCUGCGAAGAAAAAUGCUCUUUUACAAAUCGACGCGAUCGUGCCAGUCUAUGCUUUGCUCGUGCGAUUCAGACACGAACGCGGUCGAUCCGCGCGCCUCGAGGGUGAUGUCUUCUAACAUGCCGUGCAGUCACAGAGCCAAAAACGGCGUCUGCGCGAUGUUAUAGCACACCGCGCG